UUGGACGUCAUAUUUCGAUAAUGUUAAGGAGGCAUGGGAAAAGCGUGAUCAUCCGAAUAUGCUGUUUCUGUUCUACGAAGACAUGAGAAAGGAUCUGCCUUCAGUUGUACGCGGCGUUUCAGAUUUUUUCGGCAAAAAAUACAACGAGGAAGAAAUAGCGCGGCUCUGUGACCAUCUUAGUUUUGAAAAUUUUAAGAAGAACCCUUCAGUUAAUUACGAUCUUAUGAAGGAGCUUGGCUUAAUGUAUACUGAUAAAGACUUUAUUAGAAAAGCGGUUGCCAGGUUUUCUGCAACGAAGUAUUAACAACUAAAUAAAUGGAUUCAAUAUAUAAAAGACUCCUUUACGUAAAUUUAACUGAAGAUUGGAGGUUAGUUUUAGUGAAUUUAUUGAAUAUAGCUUACUAAUGCAGAAUACAUAAGUUGCGCAGAACACAAAACUAGAGCAGCCUGGAAAGUAAUUAAAAUUUAUUCAGAAAUAGACGCAAUUAAUAUCGAUAAUAAUUCGAACAUAUGAGUUCGAUUCAACAGAAUCGCGACCGGUGCGCCCUUCUACGUGAGAAACGUCCAUCUCCACUACGACCUGGAGCUCCCUACCGUAGCCCUACCGUAGCAAGGGAUGAAGUUGGCGUCCACACGCCACUUUGACAAAGCAAAACAUCAUCCCAAUCCGGCGGUACAUAAAAGCAUCAAUUAUUAGCCCUUUCCGACAAAAAAGGCUCGUGGGGGCCCCACACGUUCUAACGGAUCCGGACGAUCCAACCACCAUAGCUAAUGACAAUUAAAAGCUGUCGGCGCGGCAAAAAUAAUAAUAAUUGCCAGAAACAGAUUAGGGUAGAAAACCGCUUUUACGGGGAAGGCAAGGACCUUUACUGCGUACUUCGCUCUGUUAUAUUAAAACCUUGCAGCCUAUCUGGCUGACACAGUACCUUCUGUUUAGUUAGCAUUUGCCACCGAAAGGUGAAACGAAACUUCAAAUAUGACAUUAGUUCGGUAUCACCCUUCGUCGCGGACACACAUUUUGUUGGUAAAUUCUUAUAAUCAAAUAAAAGUUCAAUUGUAUCCUGAACUUUUUUUUUAAACCCAAUUACUGGGACACUUCUAACAGCUCCCUCCAGUGAGCUUCCGUCAAGCCCCUCAAGCGAUCGACCACCUCACAACGACCCAAACCGAGGGUCGAGUCUUACAGGAGAUGCCCUUGCGCUAGUAGUGGCAAAACCGCCCUUUCAGGCCGAGCUACGUUCGCCAAAACGGCCUGAGUUAAGCUGUAAAGGCCCUUAAGGCCAACAGACAGAUCCUAGUAAAAAAACGCAUUUUUUCUGGAUGCGUCGAGGUACACGGACCGCAGUCUUAACCGACUGUCACCUCUCUCCCUCACUGCUAGUCAGUGUGCCCUACAUUAAUGGUUUGAUAUACGUAUGUUAUAAUAAUGAUACAAGGUUUUAGAAGAUAUUUCUUACAUAAGUAGUAAAAUAAUCCAUCCACUUUAAUUGAUUAUUAAUUAUCAUUAUUAUUGAUUACAGUAUCUCGUCUAAUACGUUUGAUGUCUGAGCACAUUCCGACAUCUAUAUUAAUAUAAUAAAGCUGAAGAGUUUGUUUGUUUGUCCGAUUGAACGAGCAAAUCCAACAUCACGAUAAUACUAAUAGGAGCAAAGCAGACCAUCAAUGAGAAAUGUUCCAUAAAUGUGCUGAAUUCGUUUUUUAGGUAUUACAACACGCAGGUACACACACAUAUCCCCAUUAUGCCUAAAUCCAAGCUACAAGUAAGUAUAGCAAUACUUAGUAAACAAUAGCUGAUAACACUCGAAAAAGAUAAAACAAUAAUCACAUUUAAGUGUUAUAUUUCAUGUCAAGAAAUCAUGGUAAGCAUAUUAAUUUAUCAGAGGUUUAGAUAGGUCGUUGAAAAGGUUUAGCAAAAUGGCCAACGAAAACUACCCAUACGAAAUUCAAGUUGUGGAAGCAGUUGGACAUAAGUUGCCAGUUAUCAUACGCAUAGGGCCUAAGGGAUAUGUGUUACAUGAAAAAUUUAAAAGUGCAGCGGCAAAUGUUUACAAUAUGGAGGUCAGAUCAAGUGACGUUUUUGUCGCCAGUUUCCCAAGAUCUGGAACUACGUGGACUCAGGAUAUGGUUUGGCUGAUAAUGUCUGAUUUAGACUACGAAAGAGCAUUGAAUAUACCACUAACAGAAAGAUAUGCUUUUUUUGAAUUUUUCUCAAGUUUUGAUGACGGAAUAAAAAUGAAAUUAUUAGACGCCAACAAGGACGACGAGGCGAAACUCAAAGAAAUUAAACUAAUUUUUAAACCGGCGACAGAGAUAUUGGAAACCACACCAUCUCCACGGUUCAUAAAGACCCACCUACCUCUCUCCUUAAUGCCACGGAAGGCUCUUGAAGCCAAGAUAGUAUAUGUGGCAAGAGAUCCGCGGGAUGCAAUCGUCUCUUUAUAUCAUUUAGUAAAUUCAAUGAGAUUUAUGAAUCUUGAGCAUGAUUUUAAAGCAUUUUGGAACACAUUUGUAAAAAAUUUGCAACCCUGGACGCCAUAUUUCGAUCACGUCAAGGAGGCAUGGGAAAAGCGCGAUCAUCCGAAUAUGCUGUUUCUGUUCUACGAAGACAUGAGAAAGGAUCUGCCUUCAGUUGUACGCCGCAUUUCAGAUUUUUUCGGCAAAAAAUACAAUGAGGAAGAAAUAGCGCGGCUGUGUGACCAUCUUAGUUUUGACAAUUUUAAGAAGAACACUUCAGUUAAUUUUGAUCUUAUAAAGGAGCUUGGAUUUAUGUACGCUGAUAAAGAUUUUAUUAGAAAAGGAAAGUCCGGAGGUUGGCGCGAUUACUUUGAUGAGGAGAUGACAGCAGAAGCAGACAAAUGGAUUGAGGAAAAUCUACGUGAUACAGAUCUACGCUUUCCAAGCAUGCAAUGAUAUUGCUCAUUGGGUCUAUAUUCACAUUUGCAUAAUAACAAUUAUUAUUACUGUAAAUAGUUUAUUUGUAUUAAUGAAUUAUAAGUUGUCUGAUA